AUGACGAACUCACCGACGCGUGUUUCCGAGAUUAUGGACGCCGGCAGCAGUAGGCGCAAUGGCAAGCCAGCAUCCUGCGAACCAUGCCGGCUGAACAAAACCAAGUGUGAUCAUGGCCAUCCAAAGUGUGAUCGAUGUCGUCAACGUGGUAUUGAAGACCGCUGCUUCUACCACCCAGCACCUCUCACCAGACAGCGUCAGAGUGCCGAUGAGUCAGGAACAGGUGAAGCCCGUCCUCCUAAAAGAAAACGACCCUCGAAGCAGGCUUCGGAUGCUGUUGCCGCUUUUGCCCCAGCGUCUCCGUCGCAUGGUGACAAGCUUGCGGAUGCCGUAGCUGCUGAUGUAUAUCACCCUGGGUUUCUCGGGCCUGGAUCGUACGCCGUACUUCUUCCUCAGGAUGAAGAACCCGGUCAGAUGCGUGAACGCGAGGAGUCUGUUACAUCAGAACGAUCAGAUCGCGAACUUACACACCAGCACACCCUGUCCAAGUCCAUGCGAUACCAGAUGGCUUGUGAUGUUUUGAGCACUCUUCGCCAUUACAACGCUAUCAAAGAGCUCGUUCUAUGGUAUAAUGCAACAAAUGAAGCAGGUGUGAUACCUGCCCAGGUUCAGGUCGACGCCGUGAAUGCGUUAGAAGCUGUUGUUGACAAGCAUGACCUUCGGCGGAAGAAACCCAGUUCUCUGCUGAUAAGCCAAGUACUCGAGACGACUGCACGCCCUUUCACAGUAUCACAGUCAAUGGAGGCACACGACUUUCACAUCUUGUGUUCCGGUGAUAAUUUACGAUUCGAAACUAUCGGCUUUCUCCUCGCGACGGCCGGGCGAUCGCUAACGUUUGGCUUCGUUCCGGAUAUCUUCAGUGAUCCUGCCAACAAGGACAUGAAGUUACACUUUGCCGAUGAGCUACUUCGCGCGAGUACGACCUGUCUUUUUCUCACGACGAUGCUUGCGACAGUCAACGACAUAACGAUCUGGAUGUAUUACGAAAACUAUCUAUUUACAAUCAUGAUCUGCGGCUACCAAGGCCCACCCAGCUGGCGACGGAUAGGCGAACUGUCGACACAGAUAUAUGCACUGGGUAUACAUCAAGAGAAGAAGUGCGCUCAUGCUCCGAAAUGGUUGACGGAAACACGCCGUAGGGUUUUCUGUUCAGCAUACAACCAGGACAAGUCGAUAUCCACCUUCCUUGGCCGUCCGAUACGUAUCAGCAAGAGACACACUGACAUCGAGCUUCCACUCGACCUGGCCGAUAAUGAAGUCACCGGUGACCAGGCGACCUUGGAAUCUGCCAUCGCAGCGUUGGACGAGGACGGUUGGAAUACCAAAGGCAGAUGGUUGAGAGCGUCUUGGAUCCGUUUACGUCAUAUAUCCCUGCGAAGUCGCGAAGAAAUCCUGGAAUUCUCGCUCGUCAAGAUAGACGCAAACGCGGAAGCUCAGCUACUAGAUAUAUCCGAGCGUGUACGCACUUCCUGGGAGACGCUACCCAAACAUAUGCGAUACUGGAAGACCUGUUGGGAAGACGAUGUUCCCACGGUAAUCUGUCUGAUGCUGUCCAUCAUACACCUCACGCAUUGGUACAACGAGUUCAUGAUCCAAAAGCUGCUCGAUUACAGCCCAUUGACGCUCAACACUGCCCUACUGCGCGUCUCUGUUGAUCUUCUUUGCAAUACACUUACCUUGGGUAGAAUACGCGAUCGAUCUUACGAUGUUCAACGCGACAUGCUCAACGCCCUACUGCUGUUUGGUGUACCCGCAGCGUCGGUACUUGCUACAGCAUUGCGCGAGCAACAUCGAACAGGCCAGCAAUUCCCCGCUGAAAUAUCCCGCGCUGAGAUCAUUCGCAUGCUCAGCGUGCUCAUAUCACAUCUUGAUUCGGCCGCACACAUGGAAAACUCUGGAGCUAGACACGGCGAAGCCAACUACAACCUCUUUCGCAAGGCGAGCAAGAUCUUCACCAAGGUCAUUGAUACAGUCUUGGACACCCGGCCCGUGGAGGAGAUUACCCCAGCGAGUGCUCAGCUUGGACUUGACCUGGAUCUGGACAUUUUCUCCGGCGCUGGGUUGGAUGGUUUUGAAGGAGGCAUGGAAUUCCCUGGCAUGGGAAUGUCACUUGGCAUGAACGGGAAUGGAAAUGGAAAUUUCAGUGAUGCUGCGGAUGAUUGGGGUGCUCUCGGUCAGUGGAACGCCUUUGGUGGGCCUGUAUAA